AUGUCUUCCAAAUCCUCUGAGCUCCACUUCGUUUUAAUACCCUUGUUUUUCCCAGGCCACCAAAUACCAAUGGUGGACAUGGGGAGGGUACUGGCUCAACAUGGUGUCACCGUCACCAUCGUCACCACACCUCUUAAUGCUAUCAGGUUCAGGACCAUCAUCGAAAACGAUAUAGCUUCCGGUAGCCAAAUCCGACUUCUCCAACUUCGAUUUCCAUGCACCGAGGCCAGCUUGCCCGAACGCUGCGAGAACAUAGACGCUCUCCCAUCACGUCUCCUGGCCAGAAACUUUAUGGAUGCCAUCGGCAUGUUGCGGCAGCCAAUUGAGCAGUUCAUGGUAGAGACGAAACCGAAACCGAUCUGCAUCAUAUCAGAUAGAAAUCUCCCAUGGACGUUCGACAUGGCUCAAAAGUUUGAUAUCCCGAGGCUUGCUUUCGACGGCACGAGCUGUUUCACCGUCCUUUGCUCGCACUUCAUCAACCUUUCGAAGAUUCACGAGACAGUUUCCAACGAUCGAGAGCCGUUCGUGGUGCCCGGUUUACCGGAUAGGAUCGAACUAACGAAAUCGCAACUGCCUGAGGAGUUCAAUCCAGGACCAUUAGCUUCCAAACACUUGAACGAACACAAGAGAGUUGCAGACAUGGGAUCAUACGGUUUGGUGGUUAAUUCAUUUGAAGAAUUGGAAGCAAAAUACGUUGAAUCCUAUAAAAAGGCAAGAGGUAACAAGAUAUGGUGUAUUGGGUCAUUGUCAAAUUGCAACAAAGGGAAACCAGACAUGGCACGGAGAGGAAACGACGUUGUUUCAGUCGAUGAAACCCAAUGCUUGCAAUGGCUUGACCCAUGGCCGGAAAACUCAGUAGUGUAUGCUUGCCUUGGAACACUAAGUUGUGUUGAACCAAUACAACUUGUUGAAUUAGCCAUUGCCUUAGAAUCAUCAAAGAGGCCAUUCAUAUGGGUCCUAAGAGAAGGAUACAAAUCAAACGAGUUUAAGAAAUGGCUGUACCAAGAAAAUUUUGAAGAGAGAAUCAGAGGAAAAGGACUUUUAAUCCAUGGAUGGGCACCACAACUUUCGAUAUUAUCUCAUAAAGCAAUUGGAGGUUUUUUGACACAUUGCGGGUGGAAUUCGGUGCUCGAAGGGAUAUCGGCCGGUUUGCCGAUGAUAACGUGGCCGUUGUUGGCCGAACAGUUCUUCAAUGAAAAGCUUGUGGCUUCUGUGUUGGGAAUCGGGGAAAAGGUGGGUUCGGAGAUUGCAAUGAAAUGGGGAGAGGAAGAAAAGCAUGGGGUAAUGGUGAUGAAGGAACAGAUUGUGGGGGCCAUUGACAAGGUCAUGGACGGGGAAAUGAUGAGGAAAAGAGGAAUGGAGUUUGGGGAGUUGGCUAGUAAGGCAUUUGGAAACAAUGGAUCAUCUUAUCUUAACGUCAAGCGAUUAAUCCAAGAUAUUAAACAAAUCAGUGGGAAGAAAUUAGGAGAGGCAUAA